UAAUAAUCUAAAACCAAUACAGAAUAGCUUUGCGGCGAAGUAAUAGAAUGGAACAAAAUUUAAAUAAAUUGUACCUGGCCUCGAAAAGUUAGUAUUCUUUUUUCAAUUCAAACCGCAUUUUUCUUACCAAAGCAAAGUGCGAACCCCUUUUUGGUUAAAAAAAAUACGCGGGAAGUUUUCGGUGUCUUGAAAAAAUAAUUUCGCUGUAACUAACCAAUUACUAUCUAGUAAAAUAGUAAAUUCUAAACUUCUGACUCAAAAUCUGUAUUUGGAUUUUGGAGUAUAUUUGGUACCAUCCAUUUCCAUUAUCAUUAUUUAAUUUUGUGACAAAAAUGCCACCCAUAAAAAAAUCAGUUGCAUCUAAAUUAUUAUCUGAUGAUUUUCUUACUAACUCGGAAGUUUUGGAGAACAAAAAACAAAUAAAAAGAAAAGGAAUUGAUAUGGUACAAAUUCCUAAUUUGUCGGACUCAAUUGUGGCUAAGAAGAGUAAAGUUAGUGAAAAUAUUGAAGCUUGUGGAGAAUCAAGGCAGAAGACUUUAAAUGUUAUAAAUCGCCAGUUAGACACAAGGAAAGAGAUGUAUGAUGAAAUGUUAUCAAACUUAUCUGAAAACAUUGAGAAUCUUGAAGCUGAAUACAACAUUUUGAAAGAAAAUAAACAGAAACUAGAACAGUUUACUGAAUCAGCUUUAAAAUGUAUAGAAAAGUCUGCUAGUGAUUACAAACUAAAAAUUAAAGCAUUCAAACAAGCUCAUGAUUUGUUCAAAAAAAGGUUUGAGGAAACUGAUUUAGAUCAAAGAAGUGAAAUGAAAAAAUUGGGAGAAGAAUUAGAUGGAGAUGUACAGAAGUUGAAACAGAAACUAAUAGCUGAGACCAAGCAAAGGGAACGCAGUAUUUUGGAAAAAUGCUUUAUGCAGGCUAUGCACAAAAAUUGUUGAUUUGAUUUCUUUUUUAUUUGCAUUUUGUUGUACAUAAUUUAUUGGUGUGAUUUGAUUUGCUUGUAAUCUUAAUAUCAAGGUAUUAGAAAUGGAGUGUUCCUCUCAUGCAACACAGUUUAUGAAUGUCAACAAUACAGCGAUACAUCAGUUCUAUUGCCUUGUUAUCAGGAUUUCUAUCAUAAUUAAAAUGUAAUGAACUUAAUUUGAUAUUUAACUUUUAAAACUGCAAUAAAUUUAAAAAUACUAAGACAACCUCUCUGGUAUAGCUGUCCUAGCAUUCAUUAUUUAUAACUAAAAA